AUGCCGAAGAUAUAUCUGCUUUCAAGAACUCUAGACCCAAUCUUAGGGAUAUUCACAGGUCUCUUGGCUUAUCAUCUACACGAAUCCAACCCUCGUUCCGCACCUCCACCAGGUCACACACUUCGAGAACUUGUCAGGUGGAAAUGGGGUUCUCCGGCGGGGUCUUCAGAAACCGCUUCGUCAGAUCAUAGUGAUGGAGAGUUGGGGGAGUUGCUAAAGGCGUUGGAGGGAGAGAAGAGAUGA